AAAUUUUCUCAAAACAUUUCGCAAACUGAGCUAGCCGGAAAGAGCUGUAAAAAGAUUUCUAGCAGCUUUACGUUACGUUGAUGGCAGGCACAAUCACCUCCAAAACUAUGAGCGUGCUGUCUUGUUGCUAAGGCCAGAAAAUCCCUGCUCAAAUCCAGCAAGAGAAAGGACCUCGAUUUUAUUUUUUCUGUUUAACUUCCUUCGAAUCAUAAAGUCGAAACACCUCUUCCGGAACCAACGACUGAAGCUUUUUAGCAAGAGCCAAGAGCUGAUGAUCUCUUCCGUCCAACCUAUCUCCAUUCUUGUUUUCUGCGCACUCUUCCUCUCCCGUACGGCUGUAGGAAAGUACCAAGAAAAUGAUCCUGUCAUAUUAUGGGUAAACAAGGUUGGGCCAUAUAAUAAUCCACAAGAGACAUACAACUACUAUAGCCUCCCCUUUUGUCACCCACCUGGCAGUGCUGCACACAAGUGGGGCGGCCUUGGAGAGGUUCUCGGGGGAAAUGAGCUUAUUGAUAGUAAAAUUGACAUAAAGUUUAAGAGAAAUGUGGAUAGGAGUUCUGUUUGUGGACUUGAGUUGGAUCCAGCAAAGGUUAAACAGUUUAAGGAUGCAAUUGAUAAUUCAUAUUGGCUUGAGUUUUUCAUGGAUGAUUUGCCGUUAUGGGGUUUCAUUGGUGAGGUGCUUCCUGAUAGAAACCAAGAUAAUAAGCACAUGUUGUAUACACAUAAAAACAUUUUUGUGAAGUACAAUGGGAACCAGAUAAUUCAUGUUAACCUUUCACAAGAGAGCCCUAAACCCCUUGAGGAAGGAAAGACAUUGGACUUGACAUACUCAGUCAGUUGGACCCCAACUAACAUCAGUUAUGCACAUCGUUUUGAUGUUUACUUGGAUUACCCAUUCUUUGAGCACCAGAUCCACUGGUUUUCUGUUUUCAAUUCGUUCAUGAUGGUUAUUUUCCUCACUGGCUUGGUGUCAAUGAUUCUGAUGCGCACUCUCCGUCACGAUUAUGCCAAGUAUGCACGUGAAGAUGAUGAUUUGGAAUCUCUGGAACGGGAUGUAAAUGAAGAGUCUGGAUGGAAACUUGUUCACGGUGAUGUUUUUCGACCACCACAGUAUUUAUCUUUGCUUUCGGCUGUUGUUGGCACUGGGGCUCAACUUGCAAUGCUUGUUCUCCUUGUCAUUAUAUUGGUAAUUGUUGGAAUGCUCUAUGUAGGGAGAGGAUCAAUUAUUACAACCUUUAUUGUGUGUUAUGCAUUUACAUCUUUCAUUUCGGGUUAUGUGAGUGGUGGAAUGUAUUCACGUAAUGGUGGUAAAAAUUGGAUGAAGUCGAUGUUUCUGACAGCAUCACUUUUUCCUUUUAUGUGCUUUGGGAUUGGUUUCCUUUUAAACACCAUUGCUGUAUCUUAUGGAUCUUUAGCUGCUAUUCCCUUUGGUACAAUGGUUGUUGUUUUUGUCAUUUGGGCUUUCAUUUCCUUCCCCCUCGCUCUUCUUGGUACUGUUCUUGGAAGAAACUGGAAUGGUGCUCCAAACAAUCCUUGCCGUGUAAAGACCAUCCCACGUCCUAUACCUGAGAAAAAAUGGUAUCUCAAGCCAUCUAUUGUCUCUCUGAUGGGAGGGCUGCUGCCGUUUGGGAGCAUUUUUAUUGAAAUGUACUUCGUCUUCACGUCCUUUUGGAAUUACAAGGUCUAUUACGUCUAUGGCUUUAUGCUCCUUGUUUUUAUAAUACUGAUCAUUGUCACAGUAUGUGUGACUAUUGUGGGCACGUAUUUCUUGCUUAAUGCCGAGAACUAUCAUUGGCAGUGGACCUCAUUCUUCUCUGCUGCAUCCACUGCCCUUUAUGUUUACCUAUAUUCUAUAUAUUACUAUCACAUCAAGACUAAGAUGACUGGCUUCUUUCAAACCAGCUUUUACUUUGGAUACACUAUGAUGUUCUGCCUCGGCUUGGGGAUCCUUUGUGGUGCUGUUGGACAUCUUGGCUCCAGUUUGUUUGUUAGGAGGAUAUACAAGAACAUCAAAUGUGACUGAAUGUAUGCAUCCUUUGAGAACGAACAGCUGCAGCUGUUUAGACAAUUGCUGCAGAAAUUUGGUUCCCUGUUGAUUUUUUUUAUAUAGGCCCCAGGUGCAAUUAGUUCCUUGUAAGAUUAGAUACCAUUACUGAUUGACGAGUGUAGUAAACAAUGUUUUGAUAGCGGAUGGGAGGCAUUUGCUCUUUUGGUUCUGUACUAUGUAAAGCUUUCUGUAACUUCUGCGGUUCUGCAUCUACUUGGAAAUUGGAAUGUUUACUGCUCUUUUGCUUUUGUAUAACAGAUAACAGAUUUGACAUUCCAUUUUUAUUCAAUUUUGAGAAACAUGUUUCUUAUCCUUUUACUC